CGGAAAUGUUUAUAACUGUGCAGUAUGCGCAUAUAUGUUAAUUUCUCGACCGUCUGCGAUGCGCUACUGCUGCUCAUCGCUUCCCAGCGAGGCGAUAGCUCGUGCGGCUCGGCGCGCGACCCUCGAGCGCUCGCUUCCCGCUGUCGGUGCGGCGCGAGGUCGGCGACACCCGGAAGGACGUAGACCGUUGAAAUGAGAAAGAGGCUCCAGUCGGUGCGGCCGGUGCGCGUGUCUAAGUGUUCGGCUUCGUUCGAGUUGUGUUCUUCCGAUUAGCCGCGAUGAGGGCGAUUCACUUGGUCUUUCUAGUAGCCUGUCUCUGUUACAUCGAACAUGGAGCCUCAAAAGCAGUGUCACCUCAGGACAAUCCUGAAAUCAAGCCCACGAGCCAAAAGAAAGAAGAAAAGGAACCUGCCAAAACAACAGUGGCUGUGCCAGCCCCUACAGGGCAAACUCGCAGUGUCGCAGUUAAAAACAAGAAUAUAGACACUGAGGAUAAAACCCAACGAGACCAAGAUGCUGACCAGAAGAGCGAAAGCGCUCAUUUUACGACGACGGUCGGCACACCAAGCGGGAGCAGUGCUGCAAAGACAGAGAACGCGAACCCCCAUGAAAACGAAAGUAAGGAAAGCCCAGAGGCAACCAUUAACAAGAAGCCUGUUGAGACAUCAGGAAACAGUCCAGGACAGGCUAAUGAAAAUCAUCCUGAAAGUCAUCCCGACACUGAGCCUGACCAUCAUAAUAUAGCCGUUAGCAAACAGGACAGUAACACCGGGGGCCAGCACAGUAAUGAGCAAAAAGAUACUGAGAGCAAUGAUGAUAGCCCUGGAAACAGAGAAAAAUCAGUGGAAAAACCUGAAGAUGAGAAUAAACUCACUGAAGACAAGAACGUUGCGUCUGUAGUGAAAACUACUGAGAGUGAAAAGGUCAAGGUACCAGAAACAGAUGAUGCCAUAGAAAAAAUAGAGUCUGAGAAGAUAGAUGAAAAGGACAGUGGCACGAUUCAUGAAGUGGAUGAGAAGAUUGACCACACUGGGCACCUGCAGAAUGAAGCAGAGAGCAGUCACUUCUUUGCCUACCUGGUGACCACAGCUGUGCUUGUGGCUGUGCUUUACAUCAGCUACCACAACAAACGAAAGAUUAUUGCCUUUGUUUUAGAGGGUAGAAAGUCCAGAUCUACCAGGCGACCUAAAUCUACAGAGUACCAAAAGCUGGAGCAGAAUAUGUGAGAAAAGUUGCCCUGGUGCAGAAGAAUGAAGAUGAAAAUAAUUGACCUAAAUUUCAGAUGAUCUUUUGAUGUAAAGGAAUGCCUUGUUUUUACUAGACUGACAAGAUACUGUAGAAUAUAUGUUCGUAUUUCUUCCUUUUUAAGGUGUUUUCUGAAAUUUUCCUUGUAUUUUUUUAUCAGAUACCCGUUACAAAGUACAUUGAGUACAGUAUAGUUUUGUUUCACAGUGCUUAUUGCAUGCUUAAGCAGAUGGCAGUAUUGCCUUUUGCAGGGAAAUGGCAAAAACAAAAAAGCAUGCCUUUUCAUCUCAGAGACUCUGACAGAAGGCCAUAGAGUCUGCCGCUUUAGUGUCUAGUCCACAGUCAGACUAUUUUCACUCAAGAUGCUUCUUUAUCCUGAAAGAAUCGGUGGACUCUGAUAUCUUUAGAUAGAUGAAUGUAAUACAAAGGGGUUUACUGAGCUGCCCUUUCAGCUAGUAAUCCUUUGAACGUUGGUGCCACAAAGAAUAAUGGGCAUCAGGCUGUAUUUGUAAUGUAUAGUUCAAGGGGUCUGAUAGCAGUGCUAAAUGCAGUGAUGCAGAAUAAAGUUAAAUACAAAUGAUAAAAUGAAAUAUAUAGUGAAAAAAAUCAGGGUUUUCUGCAAAAGUAUUUUAUUUAAUUAUUAAUUUAGACAUGGUGAUGUACUGCUAGUUAAUGUCACCGCCUCAUAAGCACUUUGUUUUUGGGAAUAAGACUGUGGCUGUACAGUGGUUGUAAAAUAAUCGAAAUGGAAAGAUUGACUGUGUUAAUGAACUAGGGAGGUUCAGAGGAUCUGGAAAUUGAAAUGUGAUGUACUAAUUACUUGUUCUUUAUUAUGUGUACUUUACAGAUGUCAGGAGUUGAGUUUUUCCUUUUUUUUUUUUUUUUUUUAUUGCACAGCAG